CUAGUGGUAUUGUAGGACCUAUAAUCUCCAGGCAAUCUGGAUCAACCUUUCCAGUUUUGGUAUUGAACAGCGGCAGUUUGAGCAGAGAAGCACAGCCCCCUGGUUUCUCUCCGUAGAGUGUCCCUCCUUGCGCUCUGCUCUCUCACAGGCAGACAUGGAUGAUGGUCCGUCUUCGACAAGCUGUUUUCGAAGGAUAACGGACUGUUUUCUGGGCCCAAGUCUGACGGAUGACAAAGUGAAGGCCUACCUCUCCCUUCACCCUCAGAUGCUGGAUGAGUUUGUAUCGGAGAGCGUGAGUUCAGAGACACUGGACAGAUGGCACAAGAGGAAGAGCAGCGGAAGCCUGCCUGCAGAUGACACGUCAUCAGGCAGUAGGUACCAGGACAGUAACAUGCAGAACGUGGUACAUGACCUCACCAGUUACCUGGAACAGCGGCUGGACCCCGGAGGAGACAACAAGCUUCUAUUCUAUGACUUGUGCACCAUCAUCAAAACAGCCACGAAAGCAGACGGAUUUGCACUUUACCACUUGGGAGAAUGCAACAAUAGCUUGUGUUUGUUUAAACCGGCGGGGGCUAAGGACGGUCCUCCCACCUUCAUCCCAGCUGGUCCCAUCACGUUUGGGACCACCAUCGCCGCUCAUGUCGCCACAACACGCAAAAUACUGCUAGUAGAAGACAUCACAGGGGACGAGCGUUUCCCUGAAGGCACAGGUCAGGACUCAGACUCAGGGAUUCAUGUUCACUCUGUCCUGUGCCUCCCCAUCCUCACGGCCAUCGGUGACCUCAUAGCUAUCCUGGAGCUGCAUCGGCACAGGGGCCACGAGCCCUUCAAUAUCAGCAACCAGGAGGUGGCGACGGCGAGUUUAGCAUGGGCAUCUGUAGCUAUUCACCAAGUACAGGUGUGCAGAGGCCUAGCCAAACAGACCGAGCUCAAUGACUUCCUGCUAGAUGUGUCAAAAACGUACUUUGACAACAUUGUGGCAAUAGAUUCUCUACUUGAACACAUAAUGAUAUAUGCAAAAAACCUGGUGAAUGCGGACAGAUGUGCACUGUUCCAGGUGGACCACAAUAACAAUGAACUGUACUCAGACCUGUUCGACAUUGGGGAGGAGAACGAGGGCAAACCUGUCUUCAGGAAAACCAAAGAGAUUAGGUUUUCUAUAGAGAAAGGUAUAGCGGGCCAAGUGGCACGGACGGGGGAGGUCCUUAACAUCCCAGACGCCUAUGCAGACCCACGCUUUAAUAGAGAGGUAGACCUCUAUACGGGCUACACCACGCGGAACAUCCUAUGCAUGCCCAUCGUUUCCAGGGGGACCGUAAUAGGGGUCGUACAGAUGGUUAACAAGCUGAGUGGAAGUGCCUUCACCAAAACAGACGAGAACAACUUCAAGAUGUUCGCCGUCUUCUGUGCUCUAGCCUUGCACUGUGCCAACAUGUACCACCGGAUCAGGCACUCUGAGUGUAUCUACAGGGUAACCAUGGAGAAGUUGUCCUACCACAGUAUCUGUACUUCAGAGGAGUGGAAGACCCUCACGAAGCUGGACCUUCCUACGCCCCUAUACAAAGAGAUAGAACUGUUUCAUUUUGACAUUAGUCAGUUUGAGGAGCUGUGGCCGGCUGUCUUUGUUUACAUGGUCCACAACUCAUGUGGAGAGACCAGUUUUGAGCUGGAGAAGUUGUGCAGGUUCACUAUGUCUGUGAGGAAGAAUUAUCGGCGUGUUCCCUACCACAAUUGGAAACAUGCAGUGAACGUGGCUCACUGUAUGUACGCCAUACUACAGAAGACCACCGGCAUCUUCACUGAGAUAGAGAAGAAGGGUCUGCUGAUAGCCUGUCUAUGUCAUGAUCUGGACCAUCGAGGAUACAGUAACACCUACCUGCAGAAGUUUGACCAUCCUCUAGCUGCCCUGUACAGCACAUCUACAAUGGAGCAACACCACUUCUCCCAGACUGUAUCCAUCCUGCAGCUGGAAGGGCACAAUGUUUUCUCCAACCUGACUUCCAGUGAGUACGAGCAGGUGUUAGAGAUCAUCCGCAAGGCCAUCAUCGCUACAGACCUGGCGCUCUACUUCGGCAACCGCAAACAGCUAGCUGAGCUACUGACCACGGAGGCACUGGACCUAGACAACCACCAACACAGGGACCGUGUGAUUGGUCUGAUGAUGACAGCAUGUGACCUGUGUUCCGUUACCAAGCUGUGGCCAAUCACACGACUCACGGCUAAUGACAUCUACGCUGAGUUCUGGGCCGAGGGGGAUGAGAUGAAGAAGAUAGGUAUACAGCCCAUCCCUAUGAUGGACAGAGAUAAGAAGGAAGAGGUGCCUCAGGGGCAGGUGGGGUUCUACAAUGCUGUUGCACUCCCAUGUUAUACCACCUUAUCUGAGCUCUUCCCCCCUUCCAGCCCUCUUCUACAAGCCUGCAAGGAGAACCUUGGUCAGUGGGAGAAGAUAGUAAAUGGAGAGGAGGUGGACAGUGGAGUGAGAGGAGUGUGGGCUCCGUCAGAGCCUGUUGAUCCCAGGGCAGAGCCUGUUGACCCCAGAGCAGAGCCUGUUGAUCCCAGGGCAGAGCCUGUUGACCCCAGGGCAGAGCCUGUUGACCCCAGGGCAGAGCCUGUUGACCCCAGGGCAGAGCCUGUUGACCCCAGGGUAGAGCCCAGCACUGAGGAACCAUCGAACCACGACUCAGGCCCUGUGAAGGUGGACAACUGACUGGCAGUGAAGCCACGGCUCGCCCUCACUACUUCACAAGUCAAUACGCCCUCAACACAUCCCCUGCCAUUAACAGGGACUACUUCCUGUCUGAACUGUUAGAGCCUCACUUCAUGCUGAAACAGGAAGGAGGGGGACACAUGCGUAGGGACUAGGGAAGGUGAUUGGUGGAUUUCACAAACAAGGGGAUUCUUUUCAGGACCACACAGUUACCUCAUUGGGUGAGGGAGGUGAGGAGUAAACCCUGACAGUGUUCAUUGCUCCGUAGACACACGGAUGGACGGCUGGAGGACAGCGGGCUCUUGUUCAUUAGGCACGAAACGGAAGCUAACAGGCCGAAACAGGGAGGAACUACCUGGACUUGUCCUUGAGGUGGGGACUCACCUGAUCAACUCCACUGCUUGGGAACCAAUUCAUACCUAUCCAAAUGGAUCCGUAUGUCUGUGGUGUUGUUUUCUUUUGGUCUGUUUUAGUUGGUUUGUUUUUAAUAGAUUUAAAUUGUGGCUGGUUUGUUUUAUGUUCCGGUCUUGUGAUUUGCAGAGGCCUUAGUCUUUACACUCUAAUCCUUUAAAAAGGUCAGGAGGUGUGAAAUCAUUACUGUUUUUUGUUGUUGUUUUUUCUCAUUUCAGACUUUAUGAAUGUGUCUGAAAUGGCACCCUAAUCCACUACAUAGUGCACUACUUUUGACCGGGACAAUAUGGGCCCUGUUCAAAAGUAGUGCACUGUAUUGGUACUGUUUGUUUGCCUGCAGUGGUAGACUGACUAACGUAUCACAAGCAGAACUACAUGGGAGGAGGUGGUUGGCUCUCAAAGAGAGACAGAAAGAAUGUUUAUUAGAAUGUCGCAACGAAUGUUCUAGAAUGUUUUCUGGCACUUUGAGCAACAAAGUGUUUUUGCAGUACUUGAAUGAAGACAUAUCGAGAAAAAACAUACAGCCCUAGUCUAUUCUAUUCAGAAACCGCGUCUUGUGUAAAGCACAGACAGACAAAGUUAGUGUGAACCAACAGGGCUGAGUUCGAUCAUGUCAACAUUUAGCAAGUCGUGUCACACGAGGGUCACAAUGUUCUAUGCAGAAAUAGCACCCAACACCCAGGCAGACCUGAGUUCAAACAUUUUUUGAAAUAAUUUCAAAUACUUCAUCUGGGCUUGAUUGAGCUUGCCUGGCACAAUAAAACAAUUAGAAGAGUUGCAAGUGUAAAUCCUGCCCAUCUGGCAAUUUAUGCAGGUUAAAGCAAUUGCUAAAAGUAUUUUAAAGAUUUCCAAUAGUAUUUAAACCUACCAGGUCUGCAUCUCGCCACCCCGCUUACUUGCCACAAUCAGUCUUUUAGGUUCUAGAACCCAGAGCUUUAGGCAAUCAGUCUUUUAGGUUCUAGAACCCAGAGCUUUAGGCAAUCAGUCUUUUAGGUUCUAGAACCCAGAGCUUUAGGCAAUCAGUCUUUUUGGUUCUAGAACCCAGAAUCUUGGGCAAUCAAUAUUUUAGGUUCUAGAACCCAGAAUCUUGGGCAAUCAAUCUUUUGGGUUCUAGAACCCAGAAUCUUGGGCAAUAAGUCUGUUUUUGAGCUCUAGUUGUAGACUGGUCUCAGAUCUGUUUGUGCUGUCUUACCAACUAGAACAGCUCCCGAGUCAAGUCCAAUGGUACAUUGGUUCUCUGUACUGCGUUCAUAGCACACCAAGGCACAGGACAGACACGCACAUUGUUACAACGUUGAUUUAAAAUGAAUAGAUAUUGAUUGAUAGCCAGAACAUUAUGUCAAGACAGCAGGCAUAAGGAAUACUCUAUAGGGUUGCACAUUUUCCUUAACUUUCCCAAAAUUCCCCGGUUUUCCAGAAAUCUUGGUUGAAAGAUUCUUGGAAUAAGGAGGAAAUCAAGGAAUCCGUCAACCAGGAUUUCUGGAAAUUUGGGAAAGUUACCACGAUUAAUACAGUAUCAUUUAUCAUUUGAAAACAUUUGAUUUUGUGAAUAAUACUAUAUACCUCAAUUAAUCUAAUAUCGACAGUAAAUUUUCUUUGAUAUUUUUCUUACCAUUUUCAGUUGUAUUCAUAAAACGUUUGAGGUAUAUGUAUGAUAAUCGGCCCGUAGCAUUGUCACUUGCUUGUUCUAUCCAGACGGUCUCCUUGCUCCCUGUGCGCCGCUGCCACAUGUGCUGGAGCCCCUGAAGUGCUGGAGCAUGUCCAUGUCACAUAAACAACAAAAGCCGGUGAGUGCAUUGCUGAUGUUGUUUUUUGCUUGAGACGUAAAGGCCUGCUCUCUCAGUGAUUACAUUUUGUGCUGAAAAUCGGCCCGUAGCAUCCAACCGGUGCCGUCCCUUCCUCUCCGCUGUCUCACCAUUUCAGUUGGUGGUGGCACAGGCACCUGCUCAGUGCGCACUGUUCUGGCUUUUUUGCAGUUAAGCCUCGGGGGUGUAGGUUCAGGAUGAGUCUUAGGCCUCGGAGGUGUAGGUUCAGGAUAAGGCUUAGUCCUCAGGGGUGUAGGUUCAGGAUGAGGCUUAGUCCUCGGAGGUGUAGGUUCAGGAUGAGUCUUAGGCCUCGGGGGUGUAGGUUCAGGAUGAGUCUUAGGCCUCGGAGGUGUAGGUUCAGGAUAAGGCUUAGUCCUCAGGGGUGUAGGUUCAGGAUGAGGCUUAGUCCUCGGAGGUGUAGGUUCAGGAUGAGUCUUAGGCCUCGGAGGUGUAGGUUCAGGUUGAGGCUUAGUCCUCGAGGGUGUAGGUUCAGGAUGAGGCUUAGUCCUCGGGGGUGUAGGUUCAGGAGGAGGCUUAGUCCGCGGGGGUGUAGGUUCAGGAUGAGGCUUAGUCCUCGAGGGUGUAGGUUCAGGAUGAGGCUUAGUCCUCGGGGGUGUAGGUUCAGGAUGAGGCUUAGUCCUCAGGGGUGUAGGUUCAGGAUGAGGCUUAGUCCUCAAGGGUGUAGUGGUCCCAUGGUGUUUAUGUUUGCGUACUAUUGUUUGUACAGAUGAACGUGGCAACUUCAGGAGCAGGUCCUACUGUAGGGAGAAGGAGCGGAGCAGGCCCUACUAUAGGGAGAAGGAGGGAGCAGGUCCUACUGUAGGGAGAAGGAGCGGAGCAGGUCCUACUGUAGGGAGAAGGAGCGGAGCAGGCCCUACUGUAGGGAGAAGGAGGGGAGCAGGCCCUACUGUAGGGAGAGGGAAGGGAGAAGGUCCUACUGUAGGGAGAAGGAGGGUAGGAGGUCCUACUGUAGGGAGAAGGAAGGGAGCAGGUCCUACUGUAGGGAGAAGGAAGGGAGCAGGUCCUACUGUAGGGAGAAGGAGGGUAGGAGGUCCUACUGUAGGGAGAAGGAAGGGAGCAGGUCCUACUGUAGGGAGAAGGAAGGGAGCAGGUCCUACUGUAUGGAGAAGGAAGGGAGGAGGCCCUACUGUAGGUAGGAGGGGGAGCAGACCCUACUGUAGGGAGAAGGAAGGGAGCAGGUCCUUCUGUAGGGAGAAGGAAGGGAGCAGGUCCUACUGUUAUGAGAAGGAAGGGAGCAGGUCCUACUGUAGGGAGAAGGAAGGGAGCAGGUCCUACUGUAGUGAGAAGGAGGGAGCAGGUCCUACUGUAGGGAGAAGGAAGGGAGCAGGCCCUACUGUAGUGAGAAGGAGGGGAGCAGGCCCUGCUGUAGGGAGAAGGAGCGGAGCAGGCCCUACUGUAGGGAGAAGGAGGGAGCAGGUCCUACUGUAGGGAGAAGGAGCGGAGCAGGUCCUACUGUAGGGAGAAGGAAGGGAGCAGGUCCUUCUGUAGGGAGAAGGAAGGGAGCAGGUCCUACUGUAGGGAGAAGGACGGGAGCAGGCCCUACUAUAGGGAGAAGGAAGGGAGCAGGUCCUACUGAAAGGAGAAGGAGGGAGCAGGUCCUACUGUAGGGAGAAGGAGGGAGCAGGUCCUACUGUAGGGAGAAGGAGGGAGCAGGUCCUACUGUAGGGAGAAGGAGGGAGCAGGUUCUACUGUAGGGAGAAGGAAGGGAGCAGGUCCUACUGUAUGGAGAAGAAAGGGAGCAGGUCCUACUGUAGGGAGAAGGAGGGAGCAGGUCCUACUGUAGGGAGAAAGAGCACAGCAGGCCCUACUGUAGGGAGAAGGGGUGGUGGUAGUGUGGGGGUGGUGGUGGUGUGGGGGUUGUGGGAGUAGAGGGGUGUGGAUUAAUCACUAAAUAAACUGCAGUUAGUGCUAAACACGGCUGCUAGAAUCUUGACUAGAACCAACACAUUUGAUCAUAUUACUCCAGUGCUAGCCUCUCUACACUGGCUUCCUGUUAAGGCUAGGGCUGAUUUCAAAGCUUUACUGCUAACCUACAAAGUAUUACAUCUUUCUGAUUUGGUCCUGCUGUACAUACCUACACGCUACGGUCACAACCAUGCUGUUUAUCUGACAGGUACUGGACCCCAACCUUGCUGUUUAUCUGACAGGUACUGGACCCCAACCCUGCUGUUUAUCUGACAGGUACUGGACCCCAACCCUGGUGGUUAUCUGACAGGUACUGGACCUCAACCCUGCUGUUUAUCUGACUGAUAUUAGAACCCAACCCUGCUGUUUAUCUGACUGGUACUGGAUCACAACCCUGCUGUUUAUCUGACUGGUAUUAGACCACAACCCUGGUGGUUAUCUGACAGGUACUGGACCUCAACCCUGCUGUUUAUCUGACAGGUACUGGACCCCAACCCUGCUGUUUAUCUGACAGGUACUGGACCCCAACCCUGCUGUUUUUCUGACAGGUACUGGACCUCAACCCUGGUGGUUAUCUGACAGGUACUGGACCUCAACCCUGCUGUUAAUCUGACAGGUACUGGACCCCAUCCCUGCUGUUUAUCUGACAGGUACUGGACCUCAACCCUGCUGUUUAUCUGACUGAUAUUAGAACCCAACCCUGCUGUUUAUCUGACUGGUACUGGACCCCAACCCUACUGUUAAUCUGACAGUACUAGACCCCAACCCUGGUGGUUAUCUGACUGGUACUGGACCUCAACCCUGUUGUUUAUCUGACUGGUACUGGACCUCAACCCUGCUGUUUAUCUGACAGGUACUGGACACCAACCCUACUGUUAAUCUGACAGGUACUGGACCCCAACCCUACUGUUAAUCUGACAGGUACUGGACCCCAACCCUACUGCUAAUCUGACAGGUACUGGACCCCAACCCUACUGCUAAUCUGACAGGUACUGGACCCCAACCCUACUGAUAAUCUGACAGGUACUGGACCCCAACCCUACUGUUAAUCUGACAGGUACUGGACCCAACCCUACUGUUAAUCUGACAGGUACUGGACCCCAACCCUACUGCUAAUCUGACAGGUACUGGACCCAACCCUACUGUUAAUCUGACAGGUACUGGACCCCAACCCUACUGCUAAUCUGACAGGUACUGAACCCCAACCCUACUGUUAAUCUGACAGGUACUGGACCCGAACCCUGCUGUUUAUCUGAUUUUAUCCAUAUACAGUAUUAGGUGUGUAAUGAUCAAAUCAAUCACAUUUUAUUCAUCACAUGCUUGAUAAACAACAGGUGUGGACUAACAGUGAAAUGCUUACUGACGGGCCCUUCCCAAUAAGAAACAACAUAGAAAUAGAAUAGAAAAGCAACAAAAACAUAAUAAUUACAAGUAACAAUAGAUACACAAUGAGUAACGAUAACAUGGCUAUAUACAAGGGGUACCAGUCAAUGUGCAGGGGUAGGAGGUAAUAACAUGGCUAUAUACAAGGGGUA